AUGUCUGCUAAGAAGUUGCAAGUCGGCUGGUAUGGCCUUGGAUCUAUGGGUAAGCCCAUGGCAGAGAACCUGCAAAAGUACCUGGCCAAAAAUGAUCAAUCAUUGAUCUAUAACAACCGUACGAUGGCUUCCGGCGACAGCUUGAAGAGUCUUGGCGCAUCGCCGGCGUCAAGCUUCGGCGAGCUGGUGUCAAAGAGCGAUGUUGUUUUUACAAUGGUCAACAACGAUGAUACACUUAAAAGCCUUCUGCAACAAGCCUACGACACAAAGGACCUCUCUGGCAAGAUCUUCGUAGAUUGUUCAACAGUACAUCCCGAUACGACAAAAGCAGUUACCGAGGAAAUUACCAAGCAAAAGGCGACCUUCCUCGCAGCACCCAUGUUCGGUGGUCCGGCAAUUGCAGCACCUGGAAAACUCGUUGUCGCCAUUGGUGGACCCAGCUCAGCCGUGGAAACUGUCAAGCCCUACUUCCAGGAUGUCAUUGCGAGAAAGGUCAUUGUCUGUAAGGAGGAGCCAUCAAGCGCUUCGAUGCUGAAGAUUGCUGGCAACAUUAUCACAGUCAACCUCAUGGAAGCAGUCAGCGAAGCCCAAGUCUUCGCCGAACAAACCGGUAUUGGCUGCGGACCCAUGGAAGAGCUCAUCUCCGAAGGCUUUGGCCCUGUGGCUGGUGGCUACUCCGGCAGAAUGACCAGCGGCAACUACGCACCAGCACUCGACAAGCGUCCCGGCUUUGGUGUCUCCCUCUCCAUCAAGGAUGCAAACUACGCUCUGGCCAUUGCUGAGGACGCUGGUGUCAAAUUGCCUGCGACCGAGAUCGCAAACAAGAACAUGAAAGCUGCCAGAGAUGAGCAUGGCGAAGUUCUGGAUUGUGCAGCCAUGUACGGUACAUUGAGAAAGGAAGCUGGACUGAAUUUCUUCAACGAUAAGAGCAGACAAAGUGAUGAGUAA